AUGGUGCUCUUCAACGUCCAGCAUUCGUUACCGCCUGGUCAAUACGUGUACCCGUUCUCGUACCAACUCCCGUUUGGUCUGCCAGGAUGCUUCGACAACGACGGCAAUGGCGGCGUCAAGGCCAAAAUCGAAUACUCCAUCAAAGGCGCGGUGUGCGUCGACGGACUCUUUAAUCGAGACCUCAAGAAGAAGCAGUGUGUGACUGUGUACGCGCAAUUGGCGGGGUACGUCGCGCCCAGCUUUGACCAUGUGGAGCAAACGAUUCGGUUCUUGUGCUGCUUUCCUCAAGGCAAAGCGUCGUUGCGCGUGGCGAUGGACAAGAACAUGUAUGGCCCGGGGGACGUCCCUCAGAUCCACUGCGACAUCCAGAACCACUCAUCGCGCGACAUUCGAUCCAUGAAGUGCCACCUUCGCCGCACCACUGUCGUGACCGGCUCGGGGAAGCGGCGCGUGUUGACCAAAACCAUAUGCACCGCUACAUUCCCCGGCGUGCCCGCGAGCAUGUCCAUCUCGCAGCCGCAGCCGUUCCAAUUGACCGGCAGCGGCAUGUUCCCGAGCACCCUGGCGUCGUUCAUCACAGUGUCGUACACCAUUGACGUCGUGUGUGACAUUGCCCUAUGUCCAGACGUAAAACUCAAGCUCCCGAUUGCGCUGGGUGCGCCGUCGUUGCUUGUGGCGCCCGUCACAGCCGCGUCCGCCCCGCCCAUGUAUGAUGCCCCCAUGGCGGCCCAUGAAGGCCUUCCAUAUGCCACAGAAGUCUCGGCCCCCGCAAAACAAGUACCCCCUUCAUCAUCGUUCGCGGACAAGGCGUAG